AAAAUCUCCGGUAUCACGCCGUUUUCGCCGCACUAUAAUUUCAAUUUUAUUUAUUUAUUUAUUUAUUCUGUCCCUCCCCCAACCCUCUCCCCGAAGUUUCCGGCGCCUGCACGUAACGCAUCCCAUCCGAUUCUCGCGGCGGAGGGAACGCGCUUCGGCCGCCGCCGCCGCCGCCACCGCCGCCGCCGCGUUCGCGGGAACGCCGACGGCGCUGCGGCUUCCUCUCCGCCCACCGCGUCUCCGUGGAUAGAGCGAGAUCUAGCGAUCCGCGGCGCCCGCGACGCGCGCGCGCCGCAUCACCCCCGGCGCGGCGAGCGCGGGCGCCCCACCGCGUACCAUGAGCGGAUGCCCUAGGCGGCGCCCCGUAUCGGAUCUCGCGGCUGCAGAUCCGCUCGGAACCCUAGCUCCGUGCUCCUCCUCCUCCUCCUCCUCCUCCUCCGCCCAUGGACGCCGCCUCUCGCCCCGCCGUCGUCAUCGACAACGGGACCGGGUACACAAAAAUGGGUUUUGCUGGCAAUGUUGAACCUUGCUUUAUUAUUCCUACUGUUGUUGCUGUAAAUGAGUCUUUUUCAAAUCAAUCAAGAACUUCUGGUAAGGGGAAUUGGCUAGCACAGCAUAGCGCAGGUGUUAUGGCCGAUCUUGAUUUUUUCAUUGGAGAGGAAGCUUUAUCACGCUCCCGUGCUAGCAGCACAUAUAAUCUCAGCUAUCCUAUUCAUUAUGGUCAGGUGGAGAAUUGGGAUGCAAUGGAGAGAUUUUGGCAACAGUGUAUUUUUAAUUAUUUGCGCUGUGACCCUGAAGAUCACUAUUUUCUUUUGACUGAGAGUCCUCUCACUGCUCCUGAAACUCGUGAGUACACAGGAGAAAUCAUGUUCGAGACAUUCAAUGUUCCUGGGUUGUACAUAGCAGUCCAGCCUGUCCUUGCACUUGCUGCGGGAUACACUACUUCAAAGUGUGAAAUGACCGGUGUUGUUGUUGAUGUCGGAGACGGGGCCACACAUGUUGUGCCAGUCGCAGAUGGUUAUGUGAUCGGGAGUAGCAUCAAAUCUAUUCCUAUAACGGGCAAGGAUGUUACUCAGUUUAUCCAGCAGCUUUUAAGGGAAAGAGGAGAGCACAUACCACCUGAAGACUCGUUAGAAGUGGCACGGAAGGUGAAGGAGAUGUAUGGUUAUACUUGUGCAGAUAUUGUCAAGGAGUUCAAUAAGCAUGAUAGAGAACCUUCCAAGUACAUCAAGCAAUGGACUGGCGUAAAGCCGAAAACCAGAGCAUCGUACUCUUGUGAUAUAGGAUAUGAGCGCUUUCUUGGACCUGAGAUUUUCUUUAAUCCUGAGAUUUAUACUAGUAACUUUACCACCCCUUUACCUGCCGUUAUUGACAAAUGUAUUCAAUCAUCCCCAAUUGACACGAGGAGGGCUCUCUAUAAGAAUAUUGUUUUAUCUGGGGGAUCAACGAUGUUCAAGGACUUCCACAGAAGGCUACAGCGAGAUCUGAAAAAGAUUGUAGAUACUCGGGUUAGCGCAUCAGCUUCCCGAGUUGGCGGGGAGAUAAAAUCUCAACCCAUCGAAGUCAGUGUGGUCAGUCAUCCUAUCCAAAGAUAUGCAGUUUGGUUUGGAGGCUCUGUACUUGCUUCAACUGCUGAAUUUUAUGGGGCUUGCCACACCAAAGCAGAAUACGAAGAGUACGGCGCGAGCAUAUGCCGCACAAAUCCGGUCUUCAAGGGAAUGUAUUAACUGCCGAAGCUCUUGUUUCUGAUAAAACCUAUGAAUCGCCUCGUAAAGCCACAGCGAAGAACAACAUUACUCUUCAUGGAUAGUUGUCGAGUAGUUGUACAGAAGAGAAGAUAAACGGGAGGAGGGGUAUUUGUAUGAGUUUGUACAUUAGAUGUUGUAUCUUAAGCCUCAGUUUUCUUGCUGUUAAUUUGUUCCAUAGAUCUCAUAGUUCUUUUAGUUUAAAUGAAGUGGGGGAGGGGGGCAAGGAAAGAAAAAUUGGUACACACCAGUUGGUGACUUUAAUUACUUUUUUGACUAGCAAAUAAUGUCUCAUUCAAUGAUAACUUUAAUCUGAUAUAAUUAGUUGCAAUCGCUUCGCGAGCGCACUCUAUUACUUGCUC